AUGAAUAUUCUUCCCACACUGCUCCAAACAAGACUGGGGCCAACAAAAGUAGAAGUGCCCUCUCCAGAGAAAUAUCUGCUCGAGCACUCCAAGGAACCCAAACUUACUGAAACUGGAUUGCCCUGGGCUAAUUGUGUGCCGCCCUAUGGGACUGCCAAUCACGGCAGGAUCGAACCAGGGUCUGUAGGGAUGCCUCUAACAUGGAGAUGCAGUGCCUUAGACCGCUGCGCAACUCGGGAGCUCUUUGAGAACAUCAUGGCAGUGCUAAGGAAGCCACAGCCUAUCUACACCGACACUAAAACUGGAGACAAACAGCUCCUGGAAAAUUCAGGACUGGUCCCAAAGUACAUCAAGAAAAACGACUUUGGAAAGAACCCUGAGUACCUGCAGCAGCAUGCUGAUGAGGUGAGGAGGGUUCAGGACAAGUAUGAGAGCUAUGUCAAUGAGCGCAUGUAUCAGGAAUCAAGCUCUCUGAGGAUGAAAGAACUGGGGGAGCUGCACCAUCAGUACCAGGGACUUGUUGUCAUGGACACCACCUCCAAGAAGUACUGCAAGGAGCGUCUGGAGCUGGAGAUGAAGCAGCUGGAGAGGGACAUUGACCUCAUCAAGCGAUACAAGACCAUCUACAUCGUCAACAACAACUAACAC